AUGGAGUCGAUAUCGAGGAUUAGCUCGCUGCUGGAGACGGCCCGCGACCUCACCCUCGAAGCAGCACGAGAUGUCGGCCCACGAAAGCCCACCAAAGCACUUCCCGUCCCACAGAUCAAGAAACUUCUCGACUCGCGAACAGAACGGGAUGUCCUCGAUGGCCUCCGCCGGGUUAUUAGCAUGCAAUAUGCUAAUCCUCCACAACCCACCUUGACCUUCUUUGCUGUCGUGCUGAAGACCCUCUCUACGCCAUAUCCGUCCACACGACCAUUGGUAUACAACUAUCUCAUCCACCACGCAGAGCUGGAUCCAGAUACGGCGUUGUUAUCUAUCAAUACCAUACAGAAAAGCUUGUCCGAUGCGAAUCCACGGGUACGAGCAAUGGCGUUGAAGACGAUGAGUGGGAUAAGGAUACCCAUGAUCUCGCAGAUUGUGAGCUUGGCAGUCAAAAAGGGUGUCAGUGAUCUCUCGCCGCUUGUGCGGAAGGCUGCUGCAUUGGCAUGUGUGAAGUGUGUUAGGCUCGACGAGAACACGAGACCACAGGUGGAGGAGUAUCUUGCCACCCUGCUACUGGAUAAGCAAUACUACGUUGCCGGAGCCGCAGUGCAAGCGUUCAUGGAAGUAUGCCCGGAAAGGCUUGAUCUUGUACAUCCAGCGUACAGGCGAUUGUGUAAGAUGGUGGUGGACAUGGACGAGUGGGGCCAGCUGGCCAUGCUACGACUGAUCCCUGUCUAUGCCCGGAAAUGCUUCCCACGACGAACGAAGCGUGUGAGGCGAGCGCAAACACGAGAAGAGAAAGCUAAAGAUUUCUACGAAGACCUGGAGCCGAAGGAAGAGGAGGAAGAAGCUGCAGCUGAUUAUGAUGAGGUCGAGAUCAUGGACCCGGACCUCGACCUCUUCCUCACAUCCAUCCAUCCACUACUGCAAAGCCGCAACUCCGCGGUCAUCAUCGCCGUGACCAGAGCAUACCUCUACUUAUCCCCCCAAACACACCUCCCGCACACCAUCGGCCCCUUGAUAGCACUUCUCCGUUCGCCACAGGAUAUCCAACAAGUCGCCCUGCACAACAUUCUCCAAGUCUGCAUCCACGAUCCAAAGCCUUUCGCACCAUACAUCCGCCACUUCCUCGUCCGCUCCACGGAGCCAUCGCAAAUCCGCACGCUGAAGCUCGAACUCCUGACUCUCCUAUUCCCGCAUUGUGGCAAGGAAGUCCAGGAUCUGAUCUUAGCGGAGCUCGAGCACUUUUCGCACGGCCACGAUCCAGAUCUCGUGCGUGAGAGUGUGAGGGCUAUCGGGCGUUGUGCGCAGGUUCCUUCGGCGAGGACGUCGAGACGUUGUCUCUCUUUACUUCUCAAGCAGAUCCAUUCGGCUGAUUCGAAUCUGGUUGGGGAGGCGAUUGAAGUUAUUCGCCAUCUGAUCCAGCGUUCACCCGACGAGCACCGUAAGACCGUAGUGAGGCUGGCGAAGAAUCUGGAUAGUCUUGUUUCGCCCUCGGCUCGGGCGAGCAUUAUCUGGCUUGUGGGCGAAUUCGCGGGUAUGCGAGAGAAUACGGAAGGCGAAAGUAUUGCUGCUGAUGUGCUGAGGAUUCUGGUCAAGGGGUAUGCGGACGAGGAGGACGAGGUGAAGGGUCAGAUUGUGUUGUUGGCUGCGAAGGUAUAUCUGGGUUGGUGCAAUCGACGGAAUGAGAAGAGGAAGGCGCUGGAAGGGCUGGAUGGUGAGGAGUGGCGGUCGGAUGGUUAUGAUGCUCUUGAGAAGGAGGACGAGGGCGGGUUUGAGGAAGAUAGCACGAAGGCGGCGGAGAAAGCUCAUCCGAUCGAGCUGCUAUAUCAGCAUAGCAUGCUCCUAGCUCGAUACACGCCUUCCUACGACCUACGUGAUCGAGCACGACUCUACCGCGCUUUGCUGGCUGUGCCUACGAGUACCGAGCUAGCCUCUCUACUUCUACUGGCGCCAAAGCCUGUCCCUGUCGCACCCUCUCCAGGAGAGGCACGGAAAGGUUUCUUACUGGGAUCAGCGAGCUUGGUCAUUGGCGCAGGUGGUCUGCAAGGGCGUGAAGCGUUACCCGACUGGGUCGUAGAGGGUGACGAGCCGGAUCCGGAUUUGAGGGCGGAGGGAAAAGAUGAGAGGGCUGAGUAUGUUCCUGCUGGGUCUGUGGUGGUUAGUGCGGGAACGAGGCUCGAUGAGGCGUUAGUUGCUGAGGGGGGGAAGAGUGGUGGAAAAGGUAGGGGUAGGACGCUUAAUGAUUGGCUUAAUGAUGAUGAAGAGGAGGGGACGGAGAGCGAUGAGGAGGAAGAGGAUGGGGAGAGUGAGGAGGAGGAUGGGAGUGAGGAGACGGAGGAGGAGGAGAGUAGUGAGGAGGAUGAAGAGGAUGAUGAGGAGGAUGAGAGUGCUGGGCUGGUACGAUGA